CAGCAGGAGAGCUACCAUGUCCGUGGUGUGCCGGAGCUCAUGUUCGCUUCUGCUUCUUCCGUGCCUUCUGCUGUGUGUGUUGGGUCCCUCUGCGUCCCAUGCUGGGAAGCUGUUAGUGAUCCCCAUAGAUGGCAGCCACUGGCUGAGUAUGCUCGGAGUUAUUCAGCAGCUCCAGCAAAAGGGGCACGAAGUGGUGGUCAUAGCACCUGAAGCUUCGAUACACAUAAAAGAAGGAUCAUUUUACACUAUGAGGAAGUACCCUGUGCCAUUCCAAAAUGAAAACGUGACAGCUGCUUUUGUGGAACUUGGGCGGAGUGUCUUUGAUCAAGAUCCUUUUCUGCUGCGUGUGGUUAAAACAUACAACAAAGUCAAAAGGGACUCCAGUAUGCUGCUGUCUGGCUGCUCCCACCUUCUGCACAAUGCCGAGUUUAUGGCCUCUCUGGAACAAAGCCACUUUGAUGCUCUGCUGACAGACCCUUUCCUUCCGUGUGGCUCCAUUGUGGCCCAGUACCUGUCUCUGCCUGCUGUGUACUUCUUGAAUGCAUUGCCAUGCAGCCUGGAUUUGGAAGCCACCCAAUGCCCUGCUCCGUUGUCCUACGUGCCCAAGAGUUUGUCCUCGAACACAGAUCGCAUGAACUUCCUGCAGCGGGUGAAGAACAUGAUUAUUGCUUUGACAGAGAACUUUCUAUGCAGAGUGGUUUACUCCCCCUAUGGGUCACUUGCCACUGAAAUCUUACAGAAAGAGGUGACUGUCAAGGACCUUCUGAGUCCUGCAUCUAUCUGGCUGAUGAGAAACGACUUUGUGAAAGAUUACCCCAGGCCCAUCAUGCCCAACAUGGUUUUUAUUGGUGGGAUAAACUGCCUUCAGAAAAAAGCCCUAUCCCAGGAAUUUGAAGCCUAUGUCAACGCCUCCGGAGAACAUGGCAUCGUGGUUUUCUCUUUGGGAUCCAUGGUCUCAGAGAUUCCAGAGAAGAAAGCGAUGGAAAUUGCUGAGGCUUUGGGCAGAAUUCCUCAGACGGUCCUGUGGCGCUACACCGGAACUAGACCAUCGAACCUUGCAAAGAACACUAUUCUUGUCAAAUGGCUACCCCAAAACGAUCUGCUUGGUCAUCCAAAGGCUCGGGCGUUCAUCACACACUCCGGUUCCCAUGGUAUUUAUGAAGGAAUAUGCAAUGGGGUUCCAAUGGUGAUGAUGCCCUUGUUUGGUGAUCAGAUGGACAACGCCAAGCGCAUGGAAACUCGGGGAGCUGGGGUGACCCUGAAUGUCCUGGAAAUGACUGCCGAUGAUUUGGAAAACGCCCUUAAAACUGUCAUCAAUAACAAGAGUUACAAGGAGAACAUCAUGCGCCUCUCCAGCCUUCACAAGGACCGUCCUAUCGAGCCUCUGGACCUGGCUGUGUUCUGGGUGGAGUACGUGAUGAGGCACAAGGGGGCGCCACACCUGCGCCCCGCCGCCCACGACCUCACCUGGUACCAGUACCACUCCUUGGACGUGAUUGGCUUUCUCCUGGCCAUCGUGUUGACGGUGGUCUUCAUUGUCUAUAAAAGUUGUGCCUAUGGCUGCCGGAAAUGCUUUGGGGGAAAGGGUCGAGUGAAGAAAUCACACAAAUCCAAGACCCACUGAGAAGUGGCAGGAAGUGAAGGAGAAGUAUUAGUCCCUUAUCCAAUCAGUUGAAACUUGGAAACAAGUGUUAAAUCCAUGUUGCUUUUAUUAGGGAAAUAAUUCACCAUACACUAUACACCCAGAACAAUUUUUUUUCUUUUUCUUUUUUUCGGAGCUGGGGACCGAACCCAGAACAUUUUUUUUUUUAAAUAAAAACAAUCUAAUUGCUGGCCACACCCAUCAGGGAAGAUACUGGAAUAUGUGAUCUGUUUCUCCAGUAUCUUCAGUCUGGACAAUGACUGCCAUCUGUUGGUAACUUACAGAAAGUUUAGUGUUCUGCCUUCAGUGACAGCACCACAGUUUCCCUUACUCCUGUCAGCUAAUGGCUUCCUCCCCUGGAUUCUCAGACCAGUGUGGCCUUCCCAGUGUUAGUCAUUCCUCACUGUGCUCAUGUUUUGUGGGUGGCACGGCCUUUGAGCUUUGGGAGAAAAGAAGAUGAGGCUGUGACACUGGUGGCCCUGUGUUUGAGAUAAUAAUUAUUGCUUGUCUCUGAAUUUGAUGAAAACUGAAGUACAUUCUAAAGAAAGUAUGUCUUCUAUUGUGUUCCCAAACCAAGAACUUGUCAAUAAAUUCAUAUAAAUUGUAUUAUUACUUUU